AUGAAGCCCACCCAGAUCCUAAGGAAGAUGAGUCAACUCUCCAGCGACGAACCUUUGCGAGGCGAAUUUUGGAAAGGAUUUUUUCUCAAACCACUUCCCAGCAAUAUACAACCCAUCCUUGCCUCUAUGUUUGAAUCGUCAACACGGGAACAGUUGGUGGAUACAGCAGACCUCAUAUUAGAAGCAACGAAAUCGGCUCACAUCUCCCAAAUUGGCCCAAGUCUCCAAAGACAAUCGAAUGCAUUAUUGCCGGCCGAUGCGUGCCAAGAACCUGUCUCUUUGGAGAUCCGCCUAGCCACGAUCGAAGCCGCAAUCGACGCCUCGACAAUCAACGGUUCACGAGGUGGAAGAUACAACACCCCAUUUAGACAGAACAUAGUUAUGGAAUGGUCCAACUCCACCUCCGCAGACGAAAUGCGGUCGUUCCUAGGCCUGUCUGGCUAUUACUCCGUACAGUCUGAUCGCAUUUAA